CUUCCUCUCCCGGGGCCCCCGGGAGGAGGAGUAGGGAAUGGGCGGAAUCUCCGGGGAGAUACGCCCUUCUCGGCCCUCCCGAGAUCUCAGCUGCGAGGCUGGAGCUGGGAGGUCCCCGCCGCCUGGGUUCCCUUCCCGGCUACCGUGCCGGCUCUCUGGACGAGGGACUCAGAGGCCUCCGCGCUGCACGCUAUGGCCCUGACCACCUUCCUGGCUGGACUGCUGCUGCUGCUGCUUCCUAACUAUGCUCUCCUGUUGAUCCUGCCCACCCGAGGCCACACGCCUGGGGGCCCAGUGGUCCCCAACCAUCCCUUUACCACCAUCUGGAAUGCCGACACUCACACCUGCCUGGAGAAGUUUCAUGUGGACGUGGACCUGGAUGUCUUUGACGUGGUCGCCAACCCUGGGGAGGCGUUCAUGGGCCGGGAAAUGACAAUCUUCUACAGCAACAAGCUGGGCCUCUACCCCUCCUACACCUCCAGCGGGCAGCCGCUCCAUGGGGGACUGCCCCAGAAUGCCAGCCUGGCAACCCACCUGGCCCAGGCCCAGCUGGACAUCCAAGCAGCCAUCCCCAAGUCGAACUACUGGGGCCUGGCGGUCAUCGACUGGGAGUCCUGGCGCCCACUCUGGGCGCUCAACUGGGACUCCAAGGAUGUGUACCGGGAGCGCUCGAGGGCCUUGGUCAGGGAGGAGCACCCCGACUGGUCCUCGUGGCAGGUGGAGGAGGAGGCGGUGAUCCAGUUCCAGACCGCGGCCCGGGCCUGGAUGAGCCAGACCCUGCAGCUGGGGCAGACCCUGCGCCCAAGAGGCCUGUGGGGCUUCUAUGGCUUCCCCGCCUGCUACAACUAUGACUUCAAGAACCCCAACUACACGGGGGCCUGCCCUGACGGCAUUCAGCCCCUCAACCAGGAGCUGCAGUGGCUGUGGAACCAGAGCCGGGCUCUCUACCCCAGCAUCUAUCUACCUUCGGAGCUGGAAGGCACGGGGUACACCUGGCCCUUUGUCCGGGAACGUGUGCGGGAGGCAUUCCGAAUGGCCAUGGGCACUGGGGACGCCAGCCUGCCUGUGCUGCCCUAUGCCCAGAUCUACUACGAUAAGACCAACCACUUUCUACCCUUGGAGGAGUUAGAGAACAGCAUCGGGGAGAGCGUGGCUCAGGGAGUGGCCGGGGUCGUGCUGUGGGUCAGCUGGGAGGACACCCACACCAAGGAGUCAUGCGAGAACAUCAAGGACUACGUGGACAGCACCCUGGGACCUUUCAUCUUGAACCUGACCAGCAGCACGCAGCUCUGCAGCCAGGCACUUUGCUCAGGGCACGGGCGCUGUGCCCGACGGCGGGACCACCCCCAUGCCUUUCUGUACCUUAACUCCUCCAGCUUCUCCAUCCACCGCCCUCCGGGCAGCCGGCACUUGGUGCUGACGGGCAAGCUUCCCAAAGAGGACCAGGCCAGGAUGAUGAUAGAAUUUGAGUGUCACUGCUAUAAGGGAUGGAGAGGGGAGCAGUGUGAAAGGAAGGAAUGACAUACACAAGCAUAUACCUGCCUGCCCAAGACACCUGAACACACACACACAAAAACACACUGUACCCACACCCUGAGCUGUACACGCAUGCUUGUACACACAUGCAUCCUCCCAAAUGCCGUCAUUCCUCUACACACACAGGCUUACACACCCACCCAUUUCCCACAUAAACACACCAAUGCAACCUUUGCCAUUCACUGAUGUAUCUAACCUGUGCCUCAGCCCACCAUCUCUCCCAUAUGCUCAUGCAUUCUAGGAAUCCGCCCGCUCAUGUGUGGCGUACACACAGACACACACACACAAACACAAGUAUUCACUCACAUUCCUUGUCCAUGACCCAUCGGAGUCACUCAACCCGCAACCAAGGAGCAGGGGACAAGCUAGUCAAUCACUCCUCCAGUUCCAGGUUUUGGCCGGGGAAGUCCUUGUUUCCUAUCCUUAUUUCUGAUUGGUUAAUAUAGACAUCUGGCUACUCUGGGCUGCUCUGGAGAAAGAACAGUAAUGACCCAAAAAAACCUGUUGGAUCCCUCACCCAACCCAGAUCCCAGAAAGCGGACACAUAAUAAAGCAAAUGUCUGUGAAAGAC